UUGUAAAGGUUUUUGAAUGUCAUACAGAGGAAUUUGAAGCUGGGAAUUAAUUAAAAAGGACUUGCUGAAGACUCUGGAGGACAGCCGUGGCAUGUGUAUGUCAGAUUAUGUACACUGUAAAUGAGAUGUAUGCGUAACUGAGUUUAUUUCGUCAGUGAUAGGAAGAACACAUUAAAACAAGAAGAGAGGAAAGAGAGAAAAGCCUAGGAGGAUAUCAGAAUAGUCCAGAUGGAUGGCAACAAAGGAACCAGACCAGAGUGGUUGGCAGUGAGUGGAUAGAGGAAAGAAUGAUGGAAUAUUAGCAUCUUUUGGAGAAAAAGAUUUGGCUUCCUUUCCUAAAAGUGGGCCAUCAAAGUGGAUAACUGGAUGGGAAGAAAAAAAAAUCAGAUGGCUAACAUCUUGUAUUAGAAAAAAAGUCAGCCACAAACAAGUGUAUGAUCAUCUUAAAAGUACAUUUAUCAAAGAAAAAAGAAUAGGACAAAAUUGAGGAGAAUUAAAAGUUACCACCACUUUUCUAUCUAGGUGAAGAUUAAGGGCAAUGGAUGUCAUAGAGACAGCAAAGCUUGAAGAACAUAUGGAAAAUCAAACCAAUGACCCUGCAAAUAGUUACACGAGACCUACUGAAUCUACUGAUGAAGAUAAUAAAAAUGGCGCUGGCAAACCCAAGAGCUUAUCUAAUGGCUUGCGAAAAGGUGCCAAAAAGUACCCAGACUAUAUCCAAAUUUCUAUGCCCGCUGACGCAAGAAACAAAUUUCCUCUAGAAUGGUGGAAAACGGGUAUUGCUUUUAUCUACGCCCUAUUCAAUUUAAUCUUGACGACUGUCAUGAUCACAGUUGUACAUGAGAGGGUGCCUCCCAAGGAACUAAGCCCUCCACUACCAGACAAGUUCUUUGAUUACAUUGAUCGAGUGAAAUGGGCAUUUUCUGUAUCAGAAAUAAAUGGGAUGAUAUUAUUUGGGUUAUGGCUUACCCAAUGGCUGUUUCUGAGAUAUAAGUCAAUAGUGGGACGCAGAUUCUUUUUUAUAAUGGGAACUUUAUACCUGUAUCGCUGUAUUACCAUGUAUGUUACUACUCUACCUGUACCUGGAAUGCACUUUCAAUGUGCACCAAAACUCAAUGGAGACUCUCAGGCAAAAGUGCAGCGAAUCCUGCGACUGAUCUCUGGUGGUGGAUUGUCCAUAACUGGGUCACACAUCUUGUGCGGAGACUUCCUGUUCAGUGGCCACACUGUUGUGCUGACUCUGACUUACUUGUUCAUCAAAGAAUAUUCACCCCGUCACUUCUGGUGGUAUCAUUUGAUAUGCUGGCUGCUGAGUGCUGCCGGGAUCAUCUGUAUUCUUGUGGCUCAUGAACACUACACUGUUGACGUGAUAGUUGCUUAUUAUAUCACAACAAGACUCUUCUGGUGGUACCAUUCUAUGGCUAAUGAAAAGAGCUUGAAGGUUUCAUCACAGACUAAUUUCUUAUCUCGAGCAUGGUGGUUCCCCAUCUUUUAUUUUUUUGAGAAAAACAUACAAGGCACAAUUCCUUGCUGCUUCUCCUGGCCAUUGUCCUGGCCACCUGGCUGCUUCAAAUCCUCCUGCAAAAAAUAUUCACGGGUUCAGAAAACAGGAGAGGACAAUGAAAAAUCCACCUGAAAGGAAGAAUCAUUUGGAAAAAAGCAUAGGCUCUUAGACCAAAAUGUUUCAUGCUAUAACCAAAGGUAGAGUUGUUUUUUAAAAAAAAUAGGAUUGACUAGUAUGUGAAGAUGUGGACCAAAUUUUGUGUAAAUGAUUUGAAAGAUAAACAAAGUAUUGUCCCGUGACAUGGUGUUUAUUUAUCUAAGAGGGGAAAAAAAAAGAAAGACUUCUGCAGCUCUGUAUCCAUUGAUGAUGAGACCUAGGACUGUGAUUGACCAAUUAAGUUGUAAAAGAGGUGCCAAAGAACACAUCCCUUCCAUCCCUGGGCCCAUGCCCUUUCUUUACCCUCUUCCAAAGCGAACUCAGAACUCAAGAAUGCAUUCCCAAUCUUCCCCUCUCCUUCAUCCAGCACAGUAGGAUUUGGUGUUUUAGACACAUUAUCAUGCUAUACAUAUAUGAGAAAGUAGGUGAAAGUAGGUGAUAGCAUUCUCAAGGCUUUCUCAUUGGAGCCUCAGUGAGGGUGACUCCAGGAGUGUCCAGGUGACAUGCCCAUCCCGGGGAUGAAAAAUGUGGGGCAAACUUUCACUAUUUUCACUGCUUUUGGGAAAAAGGAUGGCUUAGAAUCCUAGAGUACUCCCUGCUGCUACCACCCAAUGGAUGAUAUACCUAUCACUUUAUACAUUUUUUUUUGUUUUUGUUUUUACUGAUGCCUUUAUUUGUUAAAACAAUGCUAGGCUGAUGUGCUUCAAUUGCAAAAUGUCUGGCAACAUCACAAAGGUUUUACAAAUGUGUAAAUACUGCAUUUUAAAAGUGUAUUUAGUAGAUAUCAAGAAAACAAUACUGGGAUCCCUAAAAGGACAUUAAUUUUGCUUCCUUCUUCUGUCCACUAGGGUUGUUUGGACUUGCUCCAGUGCAGAAAAGGUAGAUACCAUGGGUUAAGAAAACUUCCAAGUAUCAGUGCUGGUGCCAUAAGCCUGCUUGCUCUCUGAGGUCAAGUCCUCAUCAAAAGUUUACUUGGGUUUGGACUAAGUACAAACCCUAGAAAUGACAAAAGAUCUUUGGUCACACCAAAUUAUGAAGGAUCAUUGUUCUAAAUAUUUACCUCUUUUUCUGAAAACCCAAAAUAGAUGCCUAACAUGUUGAUGUAUUCUUGCCUUUUAUCAAGACUCCACUAGCCAGAUUAUACAUAGAGAGACACUAUAUUUCUUUAAUCCUUAUCCAGUGAAAAUGGUUAUUACUUGGUGCUGAAUUAGUCAGAAUGAGUGUAUGACUGUUAAGACUCAACAAUAACUAUGUUUGUUUAUAGAUUUAUUUAAUGAGAUACUAUAAAACAAUGGAUUUUUUUUUCAAUCUUAGCAGACUGUAUUGUUUAACACUAGAGUAACUUUGGCUGAUCUCUGAACUUAUUUCCUCAAAUGCUUGAGGGCUGUUUUUAAAGACUUCCAAUAAAACUCUGCAAAAAGACGUAACCAAAUUUUCAGUAAUACUAAGUGUUAACACUGGGAGAAGGUAAUACUUGUAGGAAAGGAAAAAAAUGUUUCCUCCCUACAAUGAUGAUGAAAAAAUACAAUCAAGUUUUCAUCAUUAGCAAAACCAGUUAACCUUUAUAGAUACAUGAUAAGUAAACUUUUGAAUUAAGUUUAUCUCGGCAAAGCACAAAAUUUCCCCCACUCUAAAGCAGUCGUCAUCCUUGGUGCUAAAAUUCUCUGAAUGUCUUUAGUGUUGCUGCUUCUCUAUAGUGGAAAAUGCAGAUCAGCUCACUUUAAAUAAGAAUUACAAUUAAAUAAAAAUUACAAUCUAAACAUUCUUGGUAGGAUUUUAGAUGCAAGGUUGGCCUUACAUUCAAAAUGAAGUGAACAGACAAAAUCUUUGUAGCUUACAUGGAUUUAUGUCCAGUCUUAGUUACCAAAAUUUUCACCUUAAUUUUUAUUUAUAGACAAAUUUAUGAAGGGACAUAGUAGUCUGCUCAAAAAUCUUUUCCCUUCCUAAGAACUAAAAAUCACUGCCGGCCCCAAAAAAGAAAAAUAGACAGUCCCAGAUGAUUUGUAAGUAUUUUGCUGCUAUACAGGCACUGGGGGAUUAUUUUUCCCAUUGGACCACUAAUGGAAGUGGAAAACAUACUCUGAUGUAACACUUUGUCAUGAUCAUGAUUUGGAUCCCCCACUUUUUCCAAGUGAUUUAUAAUUAUCAGGGUAAAACAAAUUAAAUUCCAAUUUUAAGAGAUAACAUCUAAUAAAAACCUUGGUUAGCUCUGUUGACUAGAUCUUACAUUUGGGUCAAUUCCAAGUAGAAACUCCAUUGUAAAGACCAUUAAAAACAUGUUGUCAUUCCCUUUUCUGGUCCAUCUUGUACUUUUACAUUCAGGUGUUCUGCCAUUCAAAAGCUCUUUGUGUAUGUGUAGCUCUUUGUGUAAUAGACGAGGAAUAAGCAUUUUCAUUUUGAUAUGGAACAUUUAGGGAAAUAAAUGAAUUUGAGUCAAAGAAAGGAAAAUGUUGGAAUUUAGCCCCAGAUGUCAUAUUUGGAAUUGAAAACUUAGGUAUAUUACCCUCACAACAUUUAUCUAUAUCACAUCAAUUCUGUUUAUUGCUAUAAACCCACAAAAGUGGAAGUAACUUUUAGGGUGAAAGCCUGGAAUGGAAUUUCAUAUGGAAAAUAGUUGUUUCAACCUAUAAAAUACCUUCCCACUAUCUCUGAAAAUGGACAUGUUUCCGCAAAUCUCAAGCACUGGCAUAUUGAGUUUCCACCAAAGGUAAUCAUAAAGUUGAGGGAAAGGUUUUUGACCUCUUUGAAUCUUGAGACACAGAACACUGGUCAUAUGGUAGCUUUGGCAAAAGAUAACUUGGUGUAUAUUCUACUGCCCUCUUGUGGAAAUAUCAUAUAUAAUAAAAUCUAGUUUUACUCUUUCUUUUUAAGAACCCCAAUGAACCAGUUAGUUUUUUUUUUCUCCCUCAAAAGGUGGUUAAACCAUCUUUCCAAUUCUUUAUUCAUGUUUUGUUUUGUUUUUUUCCCAAAUAAACUUCUCUAAUUGUUUCCAUCAUUGUCAGCUGUUCUAGAGUACAGAAGAUAGAAGUUACUCUGAUGACAUAUUUAAAUUGAGGUAGAGAAGAAAGGUCAAAAUCCAUUUUUGAGUGGAAUUUGUGCAAGAUAGAUGUUUUCCUAGCAUGUAUGGUCAUUACUUUCAAAAUAUUUGAAGAAUCUUUAACUCAGUGUCACUAAGCCACAUGCUUCUUCCACUUUCUGUUUCUGUUGGCUUUAAAAUAGUCAAGUCGAGUUUGUUCUUCUCAUCAUAUUGUUGUUUUGUUUUUUUUUUACCCUAUUCUCAUCUUCCAACUUAUUUUUUCAAAUUUAAAUAAAAAUUCAAAUUGAAGAAUAUUAGGGUUGGUUUUUUUUUUUUUUUUUGCACAAUUAGAAACAUGUUAUAGGUUCAACCUGGUCUUAUCACUUAAUACCAAGAGAUUUUAAAGGAAAUGUGAAGUCUCUUGAAAUUUAAAAAUUUGUGACUAAGGCAAGCAUAUUUUACACAAGAUACAAUAUUUUGAUGACUUUACUCUUUAUGUGCCUGUGAAAAAUAUUUUAUCAAUCAAAUACAUAUUAUUAACCUCAAAUAUUUUUAUUUAUAAAAGUGAUGAUAUUAACCGCCCCCCUCCAAAUGCAAAUCAAGUCAGUGACCCAAUCAAAGUUGUUUUGGGCAAAAGUGCCUCCUUUAAUAUUUUCCUGCUGCUUAUUAGGACCUAUAGUACCCAUUUAAUGCUUUGUGUUCUAAAUGAAUCUUGAAUGGAAAUAGGUCUUUAUUGUGUUUAAUGAAUUAAAACUGUGCUAUUUUCAGAAGGAAGGAAGGAACUAUCCACAUAAGCUAAUCUAAUUGCCAAGUUGGAACACUUUAUUUAAUUUACCUCCUAUGCAAUGAAUAAUGCUGCAAAACAUGGUUAUGUUACAGUAUGCCCAUAAAAACAGAUUUUAAGAGGUAGCCAACUAUAUUCUUUUGGAAAUGUACUGUACUGUUUCAAUGUGUUAAGUGCCUUGUAAAAGUACAAUUUUAGGUCUAUUCUAGAGUAUGUUAUUUUCUUGACAAAUAUUUUUCAUUAUAAAAAGGAUAAACAUAUACUAUAUGCUAUUAUAUAACUUAUAGUUUUAUUAAAUGUGUUCACAUUUUAAUCAAAAAUCAUAAUAUAAAUGUUAGACGCUCAUGUUUCCUAUUUAAAAGUAACAUAAGCAUCAAUUUAAUGAAUGGAAUUCCUUUUUAGGGAAAGAAAGAAAUGAAAAAAAUAGUUCAAUAUGUUUAGAAGUGCAUUUUUUCAUGACUGCUUUUUUAUAAACACAUUUCAGUUGUAAUUUAGGGGCAUGAAUGUAAUACACACAUACUCCUAAAUUGCCAAAGUUUCACUUUUUUUUAAGUGCCUAAUGGUGAGUUAAAUGUGAGUUAAUCGUGAGUUAUCCAUCCUACAGAGGAUAGAUAACAUGCAUACCAUUUAUAAUUCCUUUCAUUUUGCUUUUCAUUUGUUUUAUUUUUUAAAUGAGAUGGCAUACUUUGUAUUUACCCAAUAAACUACAAGAAAUGAAUUGUUUUCAAAA